CUUCUCUUUUGCUGCGUAGAGCAUGUCUGCGUGGUCAGAGCGGUGGACUCAGACAGACGCCAGCGAAGGAACAGGGAACCUCAGAAACAUGGAGCAGGAGUCCAGUCGGCCCACAUGGAGCAGGCAGAUAGAGUUCACCCUGGCUGGGAUCGGCUGUGCCGUCGGCCUGGGGAACAUCUGGAGGUUUCCGUACCUGUGUUACAGGAGCGGCGGAGGUGCCUUCCUGGUUCCCUACCUCCUGAUGUUGGUGGUUCUGGGGAUACCUCUGCUCUAUAUGGAACUGACAGUGGGUCAGUACCUCAGGAGAGGCCCGGUCCACGCCCUGGCCAAGGCCUGUCCGUUACUGAAGGGCGUUGGCAUGGCGACCGUGGCCAUCUCCUUCAUCAUGUGUACAUAUUAUAACGUAAUCAUUACCUGGAGCCUGUACUACCUGUUCAGCUCCUUCCAGAGUCAGCUACCCUGGCAGAGCUGCAACAGCACAUGGAAUCGUCCAAACUGCACCGACCAAGCAAUGAACAGCAGUUCCUCAUCCUCCACUGCAAGCCAACAGUUCUUCAAUUAUAAGGUGCUGGAGAGGACUAAUGGUGUGGAUGAAACCGGAGCCAUGAGAUGGGAACUCUUUUUUCUCCUGCUGGUUGCCUGGAUCCUCGUGUACCUGUGUAUUUUCAAAGGAGUGAAGUCCACGGGGAAGGUGGUGUAUUUCACAGCUCUGUUCCCUUAUGUUAUCCUCAUCGCUCUGCUCAUCAACAACGUGCAGCUUCCUGGAGCUAUGACAGGCAUUCGCUUCUUCAUCAUCCCCGAAUGGGACAAACUCCUCUCAGUGGAGGUUUGGGUCAAUGCUGCGGCUCAGAUAUUUAACUCCAUCGGCAUCGGCUUUGGAUCUCUCAUGGCCAUGUCCAGUUACAACUCCUUCAACAACAACGUGCUGAAGGACACUCUGGCUAUCUCCAUCACUAACUCCAUGACCAGUAUCCUGGCCGGAUUUGUCAUAUUCUCUGCGUUUGGAUACAUGUCCCAUCUCCAGAACAUUCCGGUCAGCGACCUGGCAGUGGACGGGCCAGGCCUGGUGUUUGUUGUUUACCCACAAGCCUUUGUGACGAUGCCAGUCGCCCCUCUGUGGGCCGUCCUCUUUUUCUUCAUGCUCCUCUGCCUCGGCCUGGACAGCCAGUUUGCCAUGGUGGAGGUGAUGGUGACCAGUUUAAUGGAUGCCUAUAGUAAACCGUUACUGAAGUACCUCAGACAGAAGGAGUUACUGGUUUUGGUGGUCUGCAGUGCUGCAUUUCUCCUGGGAAUCCCACACGUCAUGCAGGUUGGAAUCUACGUUUUCCAGUUGAUGGAUCAUUACACUGCCAUUGUCUCCAUUAUGUUUCUGGCCUUUUUUGAAAUCGUGGCCAUCUGUUGGCUCUAUGGAGUGAAACGUCUGUCCCAAAACCUGGAGGAGAUGACAGGAAAAAAACCCUCCAUCUUUUUCAGAGCCUGCUGGCUAGUCAUAUGUCCAGUCUUAAUCACUGUUAUCCUGGUGUUCUCGGUGAUUCAGUUCAAACCCGCCCGGUAUGAAAGUUACGUGUACCCGCCCUGGGCCCAGGGGGUUGGCUGGUUUAUCGCCAUGGCAUCCAUCAUUUGGAUCCCACUGGCAGCAGUUCACACUUUGUGGGUCCUGCCUGGAUCUCUCACUGAGAGGCUACGUAAGUCCAUAACGCCCUUUUCACUGGACGAGGAGAAAAUCAACCCUUAUUACCUCCGGCAGGAAGAGAUGACAAUACCAAACGUGGCAGUCAUCAGCGCCGAAAAAAACACAAUGAAAAUAUUUUAG